UGGCUGGGGGUGGGGGCUCAGAGGCCGCCCCAGAAAGCACUGAAAGCCACAGCACGUACACCCACUCCAGGGAUCUGCCAGCACCCUGUGGGGCCCAGACUACAGGCCGAUGGCGGAGGCUUCGAGUGACCUGGGCGCUGAGGAGCGGGAAGAGUUGCUGGGGCCCACUGCUCAGUGGAGCGUGGAGGACAAGGAGGAGGCCGUCCGCGAGCAAUGCCAGCAUGAGAGAGACAGGCAGCUUCCGGCCCAGGACGAGGACGGAGGCGACCAUGUCCCCAAGAGGCCGGAGCAGGAGAUGCUCCUCAGCCUGAAGCCCUCGGAGGCCCCUGAACUGGAUGAGGACGAGGGCUUUGGCGACUGGUCCCAGAGGCCAGAGCAGCGGCAGCAGCACGAGGAGGCGCAGGGUGCCUCGGACAGCGGAGAGCCCCCCCGGUGCAGGAGUCCUGAGGGGGAGCAAGAGGACAGGCCCAGCCUGCAUGCCUGCGAAAAGGAGAACAGUGACGAAGUCCACCUGGAGGAGUUGAGUCUGAGCAAGGAGGGGCCAGACCCAGAGGACACUGUCCAGGACAACCUGGGGGCUGCAGGGGCUGAGGAGGAACAGGAGGAGCACCAGAAAUGUCAGCAGCCUAGGACACCCAGCCCCUUGGUCUUGGAGGGGACCAUCGAACAGAGCUCGCCUCCCCUGAGCCCUACCACCAAACUCAUCGACAGGACCGAGUCCCUAAACCGCUCCAUAGAGAAGAGUAACAGUGUGAAGAAAUCGCAGCCAGACUUGCCCAUCUCCAAGAUUGACCAGUGGCUGGAACAAUACACCCAGGCCAUUGAGACCGCUGGCCGGACCCCCAAGCUAGCCCGCCAGGCCUCCAUAGAGCUGCCCAGCAUGGCCGUGGCCAGUACCAAGAGUCGGUGGGAGACGGGUGAGGUACAGGCUCAGUCUGCGGCCAAGACUCCGUCCUGCAAGGAUAUUGUGGCUGGAGACAUGAGCAAGAAAAGCCUCUGGGAGCAGAAGGGAGGCUCCAAGACCUCAUCAACAAUUAAGAGCACCCCAUCUGGGAAGAGGUAUAAGUUUGUGGCCACCGGGCAUGGGAAAUAUGAGAAGGUGCUUGUGGAAGGGGGCCCGGCUCCCUAGGCCUCCCAUCUCGGUGAGUCCCCGGCAACCCACAGAGCGGGAUGAGGUGCACACGCGUGCACUGUGCUGGGAACUUGGCAGCCUGGAGGGCACCUGGAGCCCUGUUGCAGGUUACAAGGGUGGACUCCGAGUUGGCCAGAACCCAUAUCAGCUCAGUCUCCCAGUCCUGCGCAGAGGCUGCCUCCCUCACCUGACACCAGAUUCAAACUCUCUGCUCAUUUCACUAGAGUCAGCCCGGCUCAGCCACUGCUCUACUAGGGAAGCUCAAGGCUCCCAUCUGGGACUCCCCAAAAGCCCCAGCAGGGCUCGUGAGGGAAGUGAGGGGCAGCCUAGCCACCACAGGGCUAGCACUGAAGGAAGCAGGUGGCAUGGAGCCCAGGUUGCCUGACCACCUAUAUGCUGGGGGUCCGUAGAGGGACAGGAACUUAGGUCCUACUCCCUGUCCCAGCCGAGAGCGAUUCAGAGGUCCUGAUGCCCUCCCCAUCCUAUGCUGCAGACAGAGCAGUGCCACUCCUGCCAUGGUUAGACACACAUUUAUUAGUGACCUGGGCCCCAGGCUCCAUUUCCAGCACCCAUCACACCCCAGGGUGGGGCAGCCGUCCUCCUGCCAUCUUUCCCUGCCAAACCCUGACUCUCAAGCAGCUGUGGCAGAGGCUUUUUCUGGUAGCUCUGUGUCCCUCUCCUGUGGUUGACGACCCCCACCAGAGCCUGGCUGACUGCUGACUGGGCCCCUCCACUCUCCCCACCAGAGCCUGGCUGACUGCUGACUGGGCCCCUCCACUCUCCCCACCAGAGCCUGGCUGACUGCUGACUGGGCCCCUCCACUCUCCCCACCAGAGCCACAGCCCCUUCUCGGCCCCGCUUGGCCAAGCUGUUCCCACAGGGUUGGGACUCAGGGCUCCCUCCUCAUCCAGCUGUCAAAGCCUGGGCAUGGCCAGUGCUGAGACCCUCGCUGUCCCACCAGCGAAUCCCUCGAGUUCUGCCCUCUCAGGCUGUCAGCCCAGGUAGGGGAAGCAGAGGUGGGCCGAGAGAGAGGUCACUCUGGGCCCUCCUCCACCCUUGAUGAGCCCCUCCCUGCCUGCCCCGAGCACUUGUAUUGGUGCCAAGUCCCACGCUGGCUGAGGGCUCCCCGCUGCACCCUAGUCCCAGGGUCUGGCUCUGCUAUCAGGAAGCACAGGCAGCAAAACUGCUGACUGCUCCUGACGCCGAUGGCCAAGCCAACCUGACCGCACCCAUGCCUCAGCAAGCAGAGAUCUGCCCCCAAACCUUUGACAGCAAAAGGUGACAGCAAAAGGGAGGAACAAUGCAAGGCCCAGGCCCCUGAGGAGCCUGGGCUAGGUCAAUAGGUGCAGUCCUCUGCCAUCUUACCUAAAGUUUUCAUCCCAAGGCCCCCAUCCUACAUCCCGACACAGAUCCCUUCUCUGUUCCCCUCACACCACUGCAGCCCGGGGGCUCCAGCUCAUCCUCUCUGCCCUGUCCACCUGACCACCCUCCUGACCACGCAGACUUCCCUCAGCACCCCAUGUGCCCUUCCCAGGCUGCCCUGCACCCCAUGCCCCUUGGACCCUGGUGCAUCUUCAUGCAGCAACUGUGGGCCCCCAGCUAGAGCUUCAGCCCCUCUUCUGUCCAUUCCAUGGUCCUGGGCCCUGGGGGCCAUUCCGGCCACUUCACUGGAGCCUCCAACCAGUCGCUGUGCGGUUGAAGUUCUUGGGCUGGGGGUUCAGCUCCAGGAUGGAGUGGACUGUGGGAGGGGGCCAGGUGGCCUCCUGCAGCUUCCGGGCGUUGAAGCGAGGCCGGUACAGGAAAGGCAGGCGGGUGAGGCCGGCUGGGGUGUGCUCCCCACUGCUGGGCCCCGCCAGGCGCCCUCGGGCCUCCGCCACUGACAUGCGGUACAGCACGGCAUCCCACAUCCUGGAGGCCCGGGAGGUGGGGGCCCGGGGUACGGCAGGGGCAGGCACCUCCUGCUCUGUGGGGGCGGGCACCUCUGGCUCCAGGCUCUGCCGCGGUCCUGGAGGCUCCGGGGCCUCCUCCAGCAGCUGCUUCUUGAGCCACGUCCAGCCACUGAGCCGGGGCUUGGGCGCAACUUUGGGGACAGGGCAUGGGUGAGGGCCUGAUGGUGGGGUAGGGGAUGAGGCCCAGGCAGGGCUGGACACUUGCUCAGCCUCAGUGGCAGGGCCAGCCAUCGGGGGCUCCUCCAGGUGCUCUCUGCUAGGGCCCACGGGGGCCAGGCUGUGCGGUGAGGACUCCAGCGAGCGGCAGGUCGGGGCUAUGGGCACCACAACCCUGGCACUAGCCUCUCUGGGCACCAAGGCCUGGAAGCCGGGUGGCGGCCGUGGUACAGGGGGCUCCUCAGGCCAGGGACUGGCAGCCUGGGCUGCGGUGGGCAGCGGGCGGAUGUGAGCCACUGGGACCAGGGGCUGGGCCCUGGGGAGACUUGGGGUGGCAUCUCCAUCCUGGCUGUUGGAUCCCCCUUCUGGGGCUGUCCUGGGGGGCUCAGGGGUCCCACUGUGUGGGGACGGUGCUAGCUGGAUGUGCACCUGGGUGAUGUGGGUGCCCCCAGCCACAGGGGCUGAGACAGGGACGAAGCCCCUGGGGGGCGGGGCAGGUUCUGGGGCCGGGGCUACAACCUGGGGCCCCGUGGCCUUGAAUUGAGCAGCUAGAAUCCUGCGCUGGGUGAGGCCAAUGGAGAAUGUGGACUUCUGCAGGGGUGACGCCACAUGGUGCGUGAUGGGGGUGUGCGGGGAGCGGGGUAGGGCAGCCACCGUGCGGGGAGCCUCGGCGGGGCGUGGGGCUUCAGGAAGGCGUGGGGCUUCGGCGGAGUGCAGGCCCUCAGCAGCGUGCGGGGCUGUGACCUCCUGGUCAUGGCUGGCCUCACUCACGGGGGACAGGGAGGUGCGGAAGGCCCUGGGUGGAGUGAGGUGCGUGCCUCCCAUCAUCUUCUUCCGGGCUGCCUUCCUCAAGAGCUUCUGCAAACGCAAGUUGUCCUUCCCUGGCUUGGGCAGCAGGGGUGGUGGGGGUCCAGGGGUUCCCUGGAGGCUUGGGCCACACACCUCAGGUGCCAUCGAUGCAGCUGAGAUGAGCAUGACUGUGUCCUAGGGUGGGAGGGACAGCGGUCAGGCCAGCUCUCCUCCCUCUUGAGGUGGGAGGCCUGUGUCUCCCGUGAUCCAGGGAGGACCUGGGGCCAGGGGUGUGGAGGCCUGAGUAUCCUGCUUCCUGGGCACCCGGAACCUGCCGGGGGCAUCCUGAGCUCAACUGCCCCUUGGGGACUUUGGGGUGGCCCCACCAUCACCCUGGUGUAGAAAUGAGGGCACAGAGGCCGCAUCCUUCCCAGGACAGAGCGAGAACCUGCCUCCAGGGCUCUGUCCUCCAUGCCGUCCCAGAACAAAGCAGGCCCCAAGUGCACAGCCUGGGUCAGGCCACAACGCCGGGUGGGCUGGGGUGGGAGACGCGGGUUAGCCCCAAGUGACAGGCAUGCCCCUGGCCAGCUGCUAGCCUGGCCCAGGGCUGGAAGAGCAGCUGCCCACAGACACACGAGGGGCGCCCCGUUGUCGCCGGCCCGACCACAGGCGCGUCCGCUGCGAGCCAGUGGUGAGGGGUGGCGGCCAAGAGGCUUGGGAAAGCUGAGGCUGCAUCAUCAGAGGUAGAUCGGCCGGAAGGUGGGAGCAGUUUUCGCUGAGCUAUGCUAAAUGGGAUAUUCCCGCAGACCUCCUGUCUGGGGUGGUCCGGCCAAGCCGCCCACCCUGGUUUCUGGGCACCACGUGUUUGCGAGGACAUUGACAAAUGGCAUCUGUCCGAGCCAGAGGCUGUCUGGUUUGGGGAAGGAGGGAGUCCUGGGGGCUGCCGCUGGUGGGGGCUGGCUCUGCCAAGGCAAGAACAGAGCUGCUGGAGGGGUGGGGGCGGAAGGAGCCUGCCUAAGACUUGCUCUCAGCUACCUGCCUCCUCUAGAUGACGGGACUGCAGGAACCACGAGAACCCCAGUUCUAGCUCCCGGGAUGGGCAGGCUGCUUGGCAGGCAGGCCGCCUUCCCUCCACCUGGAGUCAGGUCUCCAGCCAGAGGUCCUGACCCAGGGCACAAGUGCUCACACUGGGAAGCAGGCCUCUGAGGCAGGACAUCUUCUCCUGUGGUGGAGUGGGGGUGUGGGCAGGGCAGGGAGGCCAGCAGAGAGAGGCUCGGGGAGCAGGAUCUGUGGGCUUGCAGGAGGCAGGUCUGUGGCCCCUCCCUGGACCCUAGACUAAUGCCCCCUGCACCCCAUGCCUAUGUUCCAGCUUCCUGGGUCUGCAGGUCCAGCUGGGUGGCACCCUCCAUGUACCCAGGGGAGAUUCCAGCCAGACACCCACCCCCUGGCCCUGGCUAAGAAGUUGCUUCCCGUUGCCAGCAUGACCUACCCUCGCCUCUUUGACGCCACCCGCUGCCACCUCCUUUUGCUCCUGGACCCUUUAGCCUCUCUGCCCUUCCACUCUCUGACCACCACCACCACCUCCCCCCCCCACCCCACCCAGCUCUGCUUCUCAUUACUUGGGGGAGGAAAGAAACUCCUGAUCAUUGGCCAAAGGGACUUACCCCUGGAGAGGCCAAGUGCCUUCUAGGAAGUUAGGAGGUUGAAGCACAGCCUGUGCAGAGAGGGCAGGUCACCCCCCAGAUCCAAGGGGAAACUGCAGGUCAAGGGCUGAUAACGGCAAUGCAGGAUGCUUGAUGCUGCGUCCCCCCUGCACUCUGCUUGCCGCCCCCCACCCCGCCAUUUUGUAUAAUAAAGCUCCCUGUGUA